GGGGAGAUGAGAGGUGGCUGACGGGAGCUGGCAGGGCUGAGGGCCGCGGGGCCGGCGCCCGCCGCGAGCCAUGGGGCUGCCGGCCGCGUAGGGGCCAUGCCGCCGGGGCCCCAAGCCUGCCCCGCUCCGCGCCGGGAUGGUGAACCUGGCGGCUAUGGUGUGGCGCCGGCUCUUGCGGAAGAGGUGGGUGCUCGCCCUGGUCUUCGGGCUCUCGCUGGUCUACUUCCUCACCAGCACCUUCAAGCAGGAGGAGAGGGCAGUGAGAGAUCGGAAUCUCCUCCAGGUCCAAGACCACGAUCAACCCAUCCCGUGGAAAGUACAGUUUAAUUUGGGCAAUAGUAGUCGGCCCAGCAACCAGUGCCGGAACUCCAUUCAGGGGAAACACCUCAUCACAGAUGAACUGGGUUACGUCUGUGAGAGGAGAGAUUUGCUGGUGAAUGGCUGCUGUAACGUCAACGUCCCUGGCACGAAGCAGCACUGCUGUGACGGCUGCCUGCCCAAUGGCUGCUGUAGCGCCUACGAGUACUGUGUCUCCUGCUGCCUGCAGCCCAGCAAGCAACUCCUCCUGGAGCACUUCCUCAACCGGGCAGCUGUGGCAUUCCAGAACCUCUUCAUGGCAGUCGAAGAUCACUUUGAAUUGUGUUUGGCUAAAUGCAGGACCUCAUCCCAGUGGGGAGGCGAGUCUUUGUGUUCCUCACAAAUAAAUUACAGGCAUCCUACCUCAGCCAGAGUUGACCUGCAGGAAACGUGAGGAGGUUGAAACCUUCACGGCAGAACCCCAGUUUCUCGAGAGAGCUAAGGUAAAAAAGAUGGGAGCCCCGCUCCAGAUCUCCCCAACUAUGUCGUUCAUUUCAGUGAAUCACUUAGCGCAGCAAUUAAAUAAAAAAAAUAAAAUUAUAAAAUGACUGGGAAGGACACAGGGGGACCAUCUUUCUGGAUACCUGGUUUGGGGAAAGGAUGAUCUGAGUUCAAGGCAGCCAAAUUUUGUCAAGUUUUUGGCUCACACUGAUGGUUUUUGAGGGAAAGAGGGAUGUCAGUUUCUAAAGAUGUUCCAGACACUCCGUGGGUUGCUAUUUGGAGCUGGAAUCCUCUGUGCUCCCCUCCAGAGCCUCAGGAGGCCUGGCGUCCCUCGCACGUGCUGGACUCAGUUUCUCUGAGGAAGCUUUUGCCUGGGCAGCAAUCCAGGGCGUGCUCUGAGAGUGCAAGCCCUGACACCCACGCCCUUCCAGAGCUCGGCCUGCAGUCUGCUGCAUGCCAGCUUGGAGGCCUGAGAUAAAUGGUCUUGCAGCCGCUUAGCCGUCAGCCAGGCUCAUUUAUUUGACACAAAUAAGCUCAUUGACCUGAUUUAACGGAGGGAGGAACUAUGGAGUCAAGUCCAAUAUGAUCUCAAAGCCCUGUCUUUUCAUCGCAGUCUUUUCAGAUCUUUAAGGAUGACUGCCGAGUUAAACGUUGCUCAUGGGCACUCUGUCAAGUUAAAAAGGAGAAAGAGAAGCUGGAGAGAGGGGAGGAAGGGGAGAGGAGAGAGCAGGAGGUGUUGGGGGCACAAAUGCCAACAGUUGCUCUCUGUGCCACUUGGGGGCACCAGUUACUUAGGUUUUCUGUCAGCGUAGUCCUUGUUGGGAGAUCGUGAGACGUGUGCCCAUGUGGGCUCCCUCUCACUGGGACAAUGAAGCUGUUCCUAUAGACGAAGGACCAUCUGGUGGUGAAGACGAUCCAGGACUCUUUCCCAGAGCCCCAUCGACUUUGUGCACAGGGACUCAGGCAUCUCCUUUUGCAAAGAAAAGGAAAUCUGCUGCUGGUGCCAUUGAAGACCUCAGGCUUAACUCAGGGCCCAUACUGUCCCCUUCUUCCUCCUCUCCCAUUUGCCGAGGUGAAAUGUAGGAUAGUCUCUUGACUGUUCCUACCCCGACAAAAAAACAUCUGGGAACUGCUGACAACGUACCAUCCUGCAUUUGCACCAUCACGUUCACAACGGCAGUGUCUCCUGAGGCAGGUGUUCUUUCUCAGCUUCAUUUUAGGAGCCCGGCUCUGACACGGUUUAUAUUUUUCUCCAGGUUAUAGAUGCUAGUUGCAGAGCCCCAGAAGGCGCACAUGGGCCCAGCCUAGGCACGUUGUGAUCGUAGCGACCGUCUUCCAAUCAUUUCUGGUGCUGAAGGCCUCUUACUUAAUCUCAACAACCACGCUUAUGAAGUUGUAGGUCUUUUUAUCCUCAUUCUACAGAACUCAGAGAUUAAUUUCUUUGGGGAAACAUCGUCUUACUGGUUUAAACCAGGAUAGUGGUCGAACCCGGAUCUUUUUUUGCUCCAGGACCUUGACUUUUAGCCCCUGAGAUGGAAGUGCCACUGUGGGCUGAGUGCUGAGAAGGAGGAGGGGUUGUUUGCUUUAAAGCUUGCUAUUUGGCCUAGGAUUUGGAUCAUCCUUGAUUGAAGCAAAAUGUUUCACCUUCUUGCUGCUGGUCCUACCAGGAAGAGUGUUUGAAGAAUGCACUGAAAGUUGAUUUUAGCUUUUCAGCACAGCUCUGGUAACUUCCUUUUUUUCCCUGAUCAGAGUCCUUAUAAUGGUCUGAACUGUCUCCCCCUACCCAAAUCCAUAUACUGAAUUCCCAGCCUUCAGUGCAUUACAGUGUAACCUGUUCAGAUAAUCGCCUCUGAAGAGGUGAUUAAGUUAAAAUGAGGCUGUGAGGGUGGUUUCUAAUCUACUAGGACUAUGUCCUUAUGAGAAGAGGGAGAGAAAGCCCUUAAAGAGGGCUUUAAGAAGGCCGCCAUCUGCAAUCUAAGAACAGCCUCAGGAGAAACAAACCUAUUGACGCCUUGAUCUCAGACUUCCCAGCCUCCAGAACUGCAGGAGAAUAAAUUCCUGUCCUUUAAGCUCCCCAGUCUGUGGUAUUUUGUUAAGGCAGCCUGCGGUGACUGAGAACAAUCCUUGAAGGAAAUGAUGCUGAGUUACUAUGCAAACCCAAAGCAUAGCACGGCGGGUAGCAACACUGAGCAGCACCGCUGGAGUCGUCUUGGCUCCAGUGUGUUUCUUUUCUAUGAAAGUGUACCUGAGACCAUGUCCAAGGUUCCUUCCAGCCCUGGUCUUCAGGGGUUCUAGUUUCAGGGUCUAGCCUAAAGACCUGAGAAGUGCUGCUUUAAACCUGUGGUGUUUAACCAGAGGGGCAUUUUGCCCCCCAGGGGACAUAAGCCAACGUAUGAAGACAGUUUUGGUUGUCAGGACGUGUGUGUGUCUGUGUGCCUCCAACUGAGGCACAUCCUCAAGUGCCCUGCACAGCCCCCACCACAGAGGGUUGUCCACUGCCUAGCAUCAGCAGGGUCGAGGUGGAGAAACCCUGGGUUCAGCUUUGUUGCUCUUCGAAUGGGGGUGAUGUGGGAUUGUCAGCUCCGGUCAUUCAUUCAGCAGGAACUCACUCAGCACUUACUGUCUGCCUAGCUCAGUGCUAGGGAGUGCAGAGACCUGGAAAAGUCUCCUGGAGUUUAAAGUCAGGUUGAUCUUAAGCUUCUGGUCUUGGGAACAUGGUAUUAAUACCUAAACAUUCUUAGGUGAUGAUGUUACCAUCCUCCUUAGGAUAAACUGUCACUUUGGAUUUCCAGCGAACGUUUUUUGCUUGGACAGCCAAGCAUCAUUUAUUGAAUCCUGCCUCAUUCACAGAUCUACACUAGUAUACCUUUAUUGUUCAGUCACUAAGUCAUGUCCGACUCUGCGAUCUCAUGGACUGCAGCAUGCCAGCUUGGUUCUUUAUAAAGGAUUGGAGGAGGGACUUGCCUGGCGGUUCAGUGGCUAAGUCUCUGCUCCUAAUGCAGGGGCCUGGGUUCGAUCCCUGGUCAGGGAACUAGAUUCCACAUACUCCAACCAAGAGUUUGCAUGCCACAACUAAAGAUCCCUUGUGCCUCAAUGAAGGUCGAAGAUGAUGUGUGUCCCAACUAAGACCUGGCGGGGUGUAGCCAAAUAAAUAAAAGUAAAUAAUGAAAAAACAGAAAAGACUUGAGGAAGCUAUGUAUUUAUAUAUAAUACUGAUUAGUAGAACUAGCUUAAAAGGAAUGGCUACCCACUCCAGUAUUCUUGCUUGGAGAAUCCCAUGGACAGAGGAGCCUGGCUGGCUAUAGUCCAUGGGGUUGCAGAGUUGGCUGUGACUGAGUGACUGACACUUUUAAAGUGGAAUGCCAGCAUGCAGAUGUGAGACAGAAACACAGUUGAUGCGUAAGUCCAUAUAUGCAUUUUUCCUAAUUACAAAGUGACACAUUACAUUAUAGAAAGAGAAGUAAAGAAAAUAAAAACUUUCAUAAUCCUUCCAUCUGUAGAUAACUACUAUGUGAUAUGUCUCUUUUUGUAUACAUGCACACAUAUUUAACAAGAAAGAAAAUUGCAACCCUGUUUUACCCUUUUGUCACCAAGUGAAUGGCCCUUGAAUGGGGCUUUGACAUCUGAUUUGGUGAUCACAAGGCAGAGAAAGAUGUCUGCAUGCCAGACUGGCUGUGGAGUUAGGGGACCAGGGUCACUGCCUACCAAGAAUGCAUUGAUCCAGGGAGAUGGUGAACACCCACAUUUCACAACUCCAGAGGGCAUCAUUCACGUAGUAACAGAAUGGUGUAUUCCGUGUUACCCCUCCGCCUCUCCCCCCUUGUGUGACCCAGCAACCCUGGAACUCUAUUUUUUGUAGCAGCUUUGUUGAGCUGUAGUUCACUUACCUUGUAGUUCACCCAUUUAAAGUGUAAAAUUCAAUGAUGUUAGUGUAGUUUAUUCAGAGCUGUGCAGCCAUCACCACAAUCAAUUUUCGAACAUUUUCAUCACCCCAGAAAGAAAUCCCGUACCUGUUAGCUAUCACUCUCCCAUUUCCCCUGAUCUUUCCAGCCCUAGAUAACCACUGAUCUACUUAGUCUGUAGAUUUGCCUAUUCUGGACAUUUCAUAUAAAUGGAAUCAUAUAUAAUCUUUUGGGACUGGCUCCUUUCAUAUAUCAUCAUGUUUCCAUGACUUGUCCAAUUAUAGCAUGUAUCAGUACUUUGUUCUUUUUUAAAAUUUUAUUUUUCUAGUUGAAUUGUUCAUAUACAAUACAUUCACCUUUUUAAAGUAUACAGUAUUUUUUCCUGUUCACAAAGUUGUGCAGCCACUACCACUAAUUCCAGAAUAUUUUCAUCCCUCCAAAAGAAACCCCAUACCUAUUGACAGUCUUUCCUCAUUCUUCCUCCCUGCCAGCCUGUGGCAACAAUUUACCUUCUGUCUAUUGACCUAUUCUGAAUAGUUCACAUAAAUAGAAUUGUACAGCAUGUAGUCUCUUGUUACUAACCUCUUUCACUUAGCAUGUUUUCAAAGUUCACUCAUGUUGUAGCAUGUGUCAGUACUUCAUUCCUUCUUAUGGCUAAAUAUUCCACAAUAUGGAUAGACGCCCUUUUGCUUAUCCACUCAUCAGUUGAUGGGCAUUUUUGGUUAUUGUGAAUAAUGUUUCUCUUGAGCAUUUGUGUACGUUUUAGGUGGACAUCUGAUUUCUGUUCCCUUCUAGGUAUAUACCUAGAAGUGGCAUUACUGGGUUAUAUGAUAUGGGUUUCAUCUUUUGAGGAAUUGCCAGACUGUUUUCCAAAGCAGUUGUACCACUUUACAUUCCCACCCGAGGAUGGGGUACGAGGAUUCCGCUUCCUUCACACCCUUGCCGACACUUGUCUUUGUUAUUGUAGCCAUCCUAAUGAUGAUGAAGUGGUAUCUCGUUGGGGGUUUUGAGUUAGUGUAUCCCUGAUGGCUCAUGAUGCUGAACAUCUCUUCAUGUACUUAGUGGCUACAUGGACAUCUUUAGGGAUGUGUCUAUCUUAAUUCUUUGCCCAUUUUAAAAUUGGGUUGUCUUUAUAAAUUGUUAGACUUCUUUAUGUAUUUUAGAUACAAGUCCCUUGUCAGAUAUAUGAUUUGCAAACAUUUUCUCCUGUUCUAUGGAUUGUCAUUUCACUUUCUUGAUGGUUUCUUUGAAGCAUAAAAAUUUUAGUUUUGAUGAAGUUCAAUAUAAUUUUUCUUUGGUUGCUUGUGGUUUUGGUAUCAUAUUGUGAUACUAAUUGAUUUUUAAUGAAUGAUAAUAUUCCUUGGAAUAGAUGUAGCAUAAAAAGAUAAUUGUUUGAUACUAAUUGCAUAAUGGUCUUUGUUUUAAUGUCUUCACGCCCACCCUCACCCUCAAUAUCUUUAUUCUGGUGACAUUGGGAGUUAUACCUCAAGCCGUUUGCAAAUUGCAUUAGAUUCCUGUAGCCUUUGUAACACAUCAUUGUUCCACAUGUCCUUUUUCCUCCCCUACGAAUGUGCUGAGUGGUGCCCAGACCUCUGCAAUGCAACUGACAAGGAGCGGAAGUCUCCAUACAACACAACUUAGCUGCCCUCUAAGUCCCUGUCCUUCGAUCGCCAGUGUUGCAGUGUUGCAACCUUGUGGGACCACGUCGCCAUCUUCUGGCAAAGACAGUAAAGUGCAAUGCCAGAAACUUCAAGGUUUUACCGAAGGUCUUUUUAUUUUUCCCUUUCUCCAUGGCAGAUUGUCAGGUACCAAUUAAUUCUUUUCAUUCUGACCUACUCCUGUUGCUUUAAGGUCUUUUCACCUUUUGAAGUAAUGUUUAAAACUUCAACCACUUACAGAAAGUGAACCUGUUUUCUAUAAGGCAGGGAAGCUUGUGUGUUUCUCCUUCUACAGGCAAUUGCUAGUGUGUUACACAUUUCUAUUAUCGAGUAGGAAGCAGUUCGUUACCUUCAGUGUGGACAGGCAAAUGAAUGCAAGUCAUUUCUUGUGUCAUCCGAGUCAAAUUAUUAUGCUUGUUGACUCCUUGAUAGGCUAGGGCUCUCUCAGGUGUAUCAUUUUGCCUGCUUUGCCCAGCCCUCCCAGGCAUACCCAGGUCUAUGUAUCGUUCCCACUUUGCUGAUAAGAGUGAGGCCCUAGGAAGGUAAGUGACUUAUCUUUGUUUUCUAGGACAGAAUGGGCAACAAAUUUUUUUUUUUAAUAAAUGAUGGAACAAUUGGGAUGUGCACCUUUAGUAUGCAAUAUAAUGCCUUAUACUCUAUUUUAAUAAAUCUUUAUUGAAGACAAAAAAAAAGAAAUUCUGUAUCCUGACUCCCGACCUACUUUCUCUUCACCACACCUAACUGCUUCUCCUAUCAUAAAUGCCUCAGUCAUUUCAACGAAUAUUUGCACUGUUGUUCAAUGAGAGAACAGGUGUUUAUAACUUUCAAUCUUUAAUAAAAGGAGUAAAAAUGUGAUUAUUAAAAGACUGCAGAAAAACACCUACACAAAUAUUCAUGCCAGUGUUAGUCACAGCAACCAAAAAGUAGAAACAAUCGAAAUGCCCAUCAACAGAUGAACAGAUAAAAAUGUGGACCAUCCACACAGUGGAAUAUGAGUAAGCCACAAAAAGGAGUGAGGUAUUGACACAAGUUACAGCAUGGUGACUGUUGAAAAUGUGAUGCUUAGUGAGAGAAGCCGGUCCCCAAAGGCCAUAUGUUAUAUAAUUCCACUUAUAUAGAAUGUCUAGAAUAAGCGAAUUUAGACUGGAAACAGAUUACUAUAUGGGGGAAAUUAAGGGUGGCUGCUAAUGGAUGUGGGAUUUCUUUCAGGGUGAUGAAAAUGAUCUGAAGUUGAUGGUAGAGAUGGCUGCACAACUCUGAAUAUACCAAGAAAUAUACUAAAAAUACAUUUGAAAUGGGUGUGCAUUUUAUCCUGUAUUCCAAUAAAGCUGUUUUUAAAGUGUGUA